AUGAGUGAAAAUGAGGAGGACAGACGCAUCAUCUCCCAGUGCUGCCUGGGCUCCUUCAAUGCCUCCAAGCCCCGUGGCGGCUCUACCUUCUUACCCAUGCUUGGGGACAAUGAUCUGCCCACCACCAUGGACUGGAGGGACGAGGGCUAUGUCACCUCCAUCAAGGAUCAGAAGGAUUGUGGCUCCUGCUGGGCUUUCAGCACGUCAAAAUCUCUCCGGGGACUCGUUGACUCUGGGGCCGAUGAGAGUUUCAUGGACACUACCCUGGUGUCAGAGCUGGGUAUCCCCAUUCAGCCCCUCUCCAUUCCCAUGGACGUCAGAGCGCUGGAUGGGUGCUCAAUAGGCAGAGUCACCCACAAUACUACUCGUAUCAACCUGCCAGUGUCAGGGAACCACAGUGUCUAUGAUGAGCCAGACUGCAGCAGCGAUCAGCUGGAUCACGGUGUGCUGGCUGUGGGUUAUGGCACUAGUGAUGAUGGCCAGGACUACUGGCUGGUGAAGAACAGCUGGGGCCUUGACUGGGGAGAUAAGGGCUACAUAAUGAUGUCCAGGAAUAAGCACAACCAGUGUGGCAUCGUCACGGCUUCCAGCUACCCCCUGGUCUAAGGGUGAGUCUUGCGGGCAUCAGUGUCUAUUACAACUACUGUAUAUCUAUACUCGCUUACUAUCUCAUAAGUUACCAUAGCAUUAGAUCACAAC